AACCAUCUAAAUUGAACUUAUGUAAGCUUGAUUUAAUGGCAAGAACAGAUUGGUUAGAGAUCAAGUCAUGUAUCUUGUCGUCUAAGAAUCCUAAAUUCUAAGCAGUUAUACUUAGACAAGUCAUCAAGAUGAUUGAACUGUGACCAUCUACUCAUCAUCACUGAAGUUCUCUUUACAAUUGUUACAAAAACAUGAUAGUACUUGGAAACAAUUUAAAGGGAAGUGAAAAUACGUUCGGCUAGAGUCUGCUAGAUUUGGCAAACAGGCAUGGCUGGCAGGCCGAGGUUCCAUUUAUAGUAAGUAGUGACUAAAACAUAUGGGGCAUUUUGCUUUGGCAGCCUCCAAUGGGAUUUUUCAGCUUCUGUUCCAGAAUUUGAUGGGUCUUUCUUUCUUCCCUGCAACUUCUAUUUAUCAUCAGUAUUGAAUCAACAGUACUCCUCCUCUUUCUUUCAAGACCCAGACCCACACUCUAUAUCAUUACCAUACAUCUCUGGUUUCUCAUUAUCCAUGGAGAAGAACAGUUUGAAUAACAGCUUGAAAGACCACAGUAUUGCCAGUAGAGCCUGCAACAACAACAACAACAAUAACAACAACAAUAACAACAACAAGCAGACUAGAUAUUCAUGGAACUAUAACAGCAACAGCCAAAGCUUUGGAGAAGAUUAUCUAGGUGGGUUUUCAUGGCCACCACGAUCUUACACUUGUAGCUUUUGCAAAAGAGAAUUUAGAUCUGCACAGGCACUUGGUGGUCACAUGAAUGUUCAUAGAAGAGACAGAGCCAGGUUAAGACAAUCACCUCCAAGAGAUGGUCAGUGCACUAUGCUUAAUCUUAACAUUAACCCUAACCCUAAUAACCGUACUCCAUCAUCUCCAUUCACUUGCAUGAUACCUUCCUCAGCUCCUGCUCCUCCAACUACUACUACUACAAUUUCUGCAUUAUCUUCACCAUCUUUUGCUUCUUCUAGCGAAACCAAGAAAUGGGUUAUUGAUGAUAGCACAUUUCGUGACCCUAUAAGCCCCAUUACAAAAGCCAGAACCCAGAAAUCGCUCUUUGAUGCUGAAGAAUUUGAUGAACUCACACAAGAAGAUGGGUGCAAGUUCUUAAAGAAAUCUGAGAUUGUAAGGUUAGAUUUGGAGAUUGGCCUUUUUAAUGACUCUAAAGAGGAAUUAGACUUGGAACUUCGACUGGGAUACUCUUAGAUAAAGUACUAUUUCAGCUUUAUCAGCACCAGCUCAAUUGCAUUUCUUUGAAAGACUACGUAUCCUUGGCUUGUUGCAGCAGGUCCUGAUCAAAUAUUGUAAGCGGCAUGAUAUGUUUAGUAUGUUAAAAAUUUUGAUGCUUUUAGAACCGAAGGUGUUCAUGAUAUGAUCCAACUUGAACCACGUAUUUGGAAUGUAAUUUUCUCUUAUCCAGACUUCCUUUAAUCUUUUCAGUAUUAUAAAAAUAUA